AUGUUUCAGCCUCUAUCACCUGAAUCGGGAUCUCUUCGUCAGCGCGCACCCAUUCAACUUCUUUCAGCUUUGGAGGAGUCCACUCGAUGUGCUCCACUCUCCAAAAUUCCUGAAGAAGACGACAACACUUCUCAGGCCUCAACGGUGAUUGUGGUAGUUCAACCACACCAUUCCCAUCAGCAUCACUGUUCCAACUCACCAACAGCAUCGAUGUCCACAACCUCUUCGAGUACCACACUUCCACUCUCCUCUUCUCCGCAUCCCACACCAUCAUCAGUUCAAUCGACGCCUGUCAUCUCGACGGACACGGAAGGCGAGGAGGAGCAGGAGGAUGAGCGCGAACAUGGGGAUCACGGUCCAAGGUUGGUUGCGAUUGGCAGUCUAAUCCGCACCACUCUAACCAUUAACUUCGACAUUUUUGUUGGUGUCAUUUGA